GUGUAUUGUUGUGAGGGGGAACGGGAGCAUCCUGAGCUGUCAGCUGCUGAGUGUCGCUGCUUUCUGCGCUGCUGCUGCUGAGGGAGGCGGGGUGCAGCGGCCGCUGGCUUGUCACGCUGAACCAUUGUCUCCGUGCGAAGCCCCCGAGUCCCCGUGGAGCCCCCACGUCAUAAGAACCAUCAAUGAGAUGCAAACAUGAAAGACAAGAGGAAGAAGAAGGACCGCACCUGGGCCGAGGCUGCCCGCCUGGCUUUAGAAAAACAUCCCAAUUCACCCAUGACCGCAAAACAGAUUUUGGAAGUCAUCCAGAAAGAAGGUCUAAAAGAAACCAGGAAUGGCACUUCUCCGUUGGCUUGUCUAAAUGCAAUGCUUCAUACUAACACACGUGUGGGUGAUGGAACCUUCUUCAAAAUCCCUGGGAAGUCAGGACUCUACGCUCUUAAAAAAGAAGAUUCUUCUUGCACCACAGACGGAACGUUGGAAAUUGGCUGUGAAUCGGAAGUAGAUGGAACAGAAAUGGCCGAGGCAAGCAGUAACGGGGAGGAAAAUGAAGUUUGCCUGAAGCAAGUCGCAGAAGAAGAGUCUUCCAACCGAGAUUCAAGCCUUAUAAACAGUACGGUGCAGAGCAAGCUAGUGUCUUCCUUUCAGCAACACACCAAAAAGGCGCUUAAACAGGCUUUGAGGCAGCAGCAGAAGAGGAGAAAUGGGGUCUCUAUGAUGGUAAACAAGACCGUCCCUCGUGUUGUCCUGACGCCUCUCAAGGUGUCUGACGAGCAGUCGGAUUCACCUUCAGGGUCUGAGUCCAAAAACGGGGAAGCAGAUAGUUCUGAUAAGGAAACUAAGCAAGGGCAAAAAUCACCCCCUGGAAAACACACAAGCCAACACUUGAAACGGCUAAAGAAAUCGGGUUUAGGGCAUUUGAAAUGGACCAAAGCAGAAGAUAUUGACAUUGAAACUCCAGGAUCAAUUUUAGUAAACACUAAUCUGAGGGCUUUAAUCAACAAGCAUACAUUUGCCUCUUUACCACAACAUUUUCAGCAGUACCUUCUUCUGUUACUCCCAGAAGUAGAUAGGCAGAUGGGAAGUGAUGGAGCUUUACGUCUUAGUAAUUCUGCUCUGAAUAAUGAGUUCUUUGCAUAUGCAGCUCAAGGUUGGAAACAGCGACUAUCAGAAGGAGAAUUUACACCAGAAAUGCAAAUGCGCAUUCGACAAGAAAUUGAAAAAGAAAAGAAAACAGAAGUUUGGAAAGAAAGAUUCUUUGAGAGAUUUUAUGGAGAAAAAUCUGGAAUGUCAAGAGAAGAAUCUCUCCAGUUAACAUCAGUUCAAAAUAGCAGUGAAGAUGAGAGUAGUUCUUUAGAAACAUCUCAGAGCUUGCCUGGCCCAUCAGCACAAUUUGACAGCAGCACACAGUCCACCAAUGAAACGCCACAGGUACUGGAAAAGGACUUAAUUGAAGAACCCUACUGUAACAUGGAACAAGUUCCUUCUAAGGACCUUGUAGGGGAAACCAUACUUGAAGAAUUAUUAAUAACAGAAGAAGCUGUAAUCCAGGAGGAGAUUGCAGAGGAGGUAGAGACCACCAUUUGUGAAUGUGAGGAAGAUGAUCAGAAGACCGAGAUUGAAUUACCCGAGGAGCAUGAAAAUCAAACAACUAAGAAUGUGGAAAAAGAAGUCAUAGUUGAAAAUGUGGAGUCAUGUGUAGUGAUGGAAGAUGAAAUGUUAUCUCCGUUGGAUGUUAAAGAAGAAGAUGAAAGAUCGGAAGGCAUUGAAGGUGACGUGUUAGAAGAAGUUAGUCAGCCGAAUGAAUGCAUAUCCCCAAUUUCUUCUGUUUCUCCUCACAGUUCAACAAGUGAGACAGUUGAAAAGGAAGAGCCUCCUCCAGAGGAUAUACAUGCCUCGGAGGAGAUUGGGAACUCCUCCGCUUCUGUGGAUUCAGUUUGCGCGGGAGAGGCUAGUGCUGUAGAGAUGGAGUUCAAUAGUGAACCAGAUGAACAGUUUUCCGAAACUGCGUGCAUUUCUGAAGCAUCAUUUUCAGCAGAGAGUCCUGAGGGGGUGUGCAUUAGCAGUGCAUCUCCAGGAGGGGAUACUCAAUCUGCUUCAGAGGAGCCCUAUACCCCUGCAUCAGUUGAAGCUGCUUUUCUUUCUGAAGUUUCCAGCUUUGAAAAUACUGAGCAAAAACCCUUAGAUGAAAGUCCUUCUACAUCUGUUGCCUCAGAUGUUUCUCUAAUAUCCACUUCACCUGUGAGGUCAGAAGCAUCUCCAUCUUCUAAUCAUCCUUUGACAUCAGAGGCAUCUCCUUCAUCGAAUUUGCCGUUAACUUCUGAAGCCUCUCCUAUGUCAGAUGCACCUUUAACAUCAGAAACAUCUUCUAUGUCUCCUGCAGCUCUGGCCCCUGAAACUGGACUUGCAACAAACGUACCUCCAACUUCAGAAGCAUCUUCUAUAUAUAGCCCUCCUACAAAUGAUCAUCUCAUGCUUCAAGAAGGAACCUCCCCAACUUCUUCUGAUGAAUCACAGUCACCAUCUAAGGAUGAAACAGAUGGCUUCUCAGAGGCAUCCCAAGUGGACACAUCUGCUAUUGAUCAAGAAAGUGCUGAAGAUAUAAAAUAUCACCAUACAAUAUCCCUUAAUUCUGAAACCUCAAUUUCAGGAGAUGUCUCAAGUAAUAAAUCUGAAGUAGACAAUGAAAAAGUAUAUGAAGCCACAGCAUCAGAAUUAUCGCCACCUGAACCUAUAACAAUAAAAAAUAAUUCACCUCAUUAUUGUAUUGUUGAUAAAAAAUAUUUGUCUCCAUCACAUGAAGAACCUGAAGAAUUAUUUCCUAAAAAAAAUGAACCACAUCAAAUCAAGUCUCAUGAUAAACUGUAUGCGAGUACGUUGGAGACAGCAGGGUUUUAUGAAUCCUCCAGAAGUAAAAACCAUAAACAGCAAGUGAGCUCACAAAACAGGACAGAAAAUUCUCAUCCCAAGUCAUAUGAGUUUAGUAAACAAACUGAGACAAUAAGAACUGAAAGUCGUGAGCCUGAAAUUUCUAAGAGAAAAACUGCUGAGCAGCAUAAUUAUGGAAUUUUUAAGGAGAAACGCCCAAGAAUAGAUGAUCAUUCUUUUAGAGGUUCUUCUGAGAGAGAUCAUCCACCUAGGGAGGAACCUAGAGUCCCACCUCUCAAGAUCCAACUCUCCAAAAUUGGGCCACCUUUUAUCAUCAAAAGUCAACCGGCCCCCAAACUUGAAUCCAAAGUCUCCUCCAGCACAUCUGUCAGUGGAGGGAGGAACACUGGAGCUAGAACCCUUGCUGAUAUCAAGGCAAGAGCGCAACAGGCACGGGCCCAAAGAGAGGCAGCCGCUGCAGCUGCAGUGGCAGCUGCUGCAAGCAUAGUUUCAGGAGGUGUUGGAAGCCCUUGUGAAGGCAGUAAGACGAGAACAUUGGCACAUAUCAAGGAGCAAACAAAGGCUAAACUUUUUGCUAAACAUCAGGCAAGAGUAAAUACACAACAAACUAAAGAUGGGAAAAUAAAAGAGACAUUGGAUUUGCCAGCUUCAUCUGAUGCAAAAGUUGAAGGUUCCACUGGAGUUAUCAUUAUUAAUCCAAACUGCAAAUCUCCGAGUAGUAAGUCUACUCUGCAUCGGGAAUCUACACUACAGAAAUCGCUAAGCAACGCAACAUCAUCAGAAACUGACUCUGAUGCAUCAGUGCACAACUCUAAUGAAAAUAUUCAUAUGCCACAUUCCAGUGACAAAUCUGUUUCAUCUACCUCCUCUGAAGAUUGCAGUGUGCCAGUGCAUUUUUAUAAAAAUGUUGGUCCAAUGCCAAUCUGCAGCUCUGCUGAGCCUCCUUUUACACAUUCACUUGAACAAUCUUCAGUUCUGAUGUCUGUUGACAGUGAAAAUACUACACGGUCUGUUUGUACCGUUAAUGUGCUAAAGGAGACUGACAUCCCUUGCAUAGCUCUUGCACCAAAAUGCACUGAUGACACUAGCAGUCACACCUCAGUAGUUAAUUCAGUUGUGUGUAACUCAGCAGAUGAAAAGAGAGUGCCAGUAUCAGUCAGUAAUGUUAAUCCCAUUAUUAAUCCUUACACCGCUGUGCCAAUUUCAUCCAUUGGGAGUAGUUUGCCAAAUCCCCAUCUUAGUAGUAAUUUGUUAAAAUCCCUCAACUCCCCAGUGGGAACAAGCAACAGGCAUCCUGAUAAAUUAGUGGUGCCUGAUUAUGAAGAAGGAGAUCAUGUAUCAAUUUGCACUCCUGCCAGAAGAAUGUCAAACCAUGAAGACACUAUGGUGGAUUCUCUUGGGAGGUCACCUGUUCCAUUAUUUUCUAACAAGAGAAGUUCGAGUUCUGAUUCCAGCCAUGCCAAAGUACAUGCAGAUAAUCUAGAAAAAAGCCCAUGUAGUAAUUUAUCAGAUAUGCACAGUAAACCCACUGGUUUAACACAAACAUUGUCUAACAGAUCUAUUCCAUGCAAGGUUAUUGUAGAUCACUGUACAACUCCAAAUUCAGCUUUCCCAUUUAGUACAGAAAAUGGAGAUAACAGUAUGGAGCCUCAAAACUGGCAUGGUAAGGCAGAUCUUUCAAUGCAGAAUAAGACGUGUCCACAAGUCUCUGUCAUCAGCAGACAAGAAAACAUUCUUAGUGAAAGCACUGAACACAUUCCCAACUCAAACAUUGCUGCAAGGCUAACAAGAGAAGAAAGAAACAAGCCCUUAACCUGCACUAGCCUUUCAGAAUCCCCUUUUACUCAGAAAGAUAAAUUCAAUGAAUUAGUUGGUUGCCAGCAAAACUUCAAUGAACAGCUUCGGUGCCCCUCUUCUCUAAAGUGUGGUUCAGAUAACAUCUCUAAUGCAGAGUAUACACCUAACAGAAUAUGCUGGACUGAAAAAGAAUAUGUAGACAGUGACAAAACAGUUGUCAACCACUUAACUACAAAAAAGCACAUGGAAUUCUCUGACCAAAGCUUGGUAAACCAUGUCAAAAGUGAGCCUGGCAAUUAUCCACAUAUGUCAAAACUUACUAAUCGCAGCCCCGUUACAAAUAUUCAGAUCCCUCUGAAAUCUGAAGUGAGUGAAGCUGGCAAGUGCUUUGGAAUCAAUGGGGUAGAUCUUUCGGCUCCUAAUAUGACUUCCAAAGUUAACGACCUGGACCUUAGUGUGCACUCCGCAAAGACAAUUGUUCCUAAUGUUUCUAGAGAGGAGCCAUUGUCCUUGUCUUCAGAAAACCUGAAAAGGGUUACAAACACUGGGAAUCCAAGCUGCCGCCUUUCUUCUGUUGAGGCAAAUAAUCCACUGGUUACUCAGUUGCUGCAGGGUAACCUGCCUUUAGAAAAAGUUUUACCGCAGCCCAGACUCGGAACUAAGCUAGAAAUCAACAGACUUCCCAUGCAGGCUACCUCAGUGUAUAAAAGUGGGUCAGAGAGGAUUAUUUCUGAAAACAACUCCUGUUCCCCUACUCCUGAAGGUAAAAAUUACCCUCUGGGGAACAUAAAUCCUUUGCAAAUGAGGAAACGAGAUAACCAUCCUAAAAAAAGGAUGGCUAGGACUGUAGGGGAACAUACUCAGAUUAAGUGCGAGCCAGGGAAGCUCUCAAUGGACAAUGAUGCAAACCUGUCCUCUUGUAUGAUGGGUUCUAACAUGAACCUACUGGGACAAGCACAGGCGUUUAAACAGGAGUGGAUGAACAAACACCCUGUACAGGUGAGGAUUGCUCACAGCCCUGAGAUCAAACAACAAAAGAGACCACUUCCUUCUUGUAGCUUCCAGCAAAACCCAUUUACUGUUGAUAAAAAUGGCAGCUAUCAUCCAGACGCUAGUACUUCACAUAGGCAGCAGCAUUUUUACCAAAUGCCUAUGGCACAGAGAGGCCCCAGCUCUUCAGUGUAUGUGCCCCAAGGUCCUGUAAAGCCCCACCCCAAUAACCAUGCUUUUGCUUUUGGAAGGCAACCAGAACAGAAGGUUUUGGGAGAAACACAUUUAUCAUCCCUUCCUCCCAGAAUGGGUAAUGUGUGUUCACCAAACGUUCACAUUAAAGAAGGAGAGGAACUGAGCAAUGCUCCACAGACUCUGCAACAUAAAUUUUUACUGCAUCCUCCCUUAUCUAAUUCCGAAGUCUCUUCUGAUCAAAAGCAACCAGCAGUUACCAUGGAAACCACUAAAAGACUUGGUUGGCCUCAGCCUGCAAGCAUCUGUAGCAAUAUAAAGUCAGAGCCCAUCUCUUUUGAGGACGGUUUAAACAACAGCUGUGAACUGACCAUAAAACAAGCUUCCUAUGAGCAGAAUGACGUCAAAGAACAGUUGAAAGCAUUAGCCUUGAAAAAUGCAGAUUUUUCUUCCUAUUUACUUUCUGAGCCACAAAAGCCUUUUACUCAGUUAGCUGUGCAGAAAUUACAAACACAGCAGCUGCAGCAGCAGCAGCAGCAAUGUGGGAGUUAUCCAGCAAUUCAGUUUGGUAGCACAAGCUUCAAAAGGGCAGCGUCUGCCAUUGAAAAAUCUAUUGAAAUUUUAGGGAGCAACUCAAAGCCUGUUUCUGGGCUGGGCAGCCAGAACUCGGCAAUGCCUGCGCAGACAUUUGCUGACAGCAGCAGUGCAGACGAACUGGAACUGAAAUGCUCUUGCAGGCUGAAAGCCAUGAUAGUGUGCAAAGGCUGUGGGGCCUUUUGUCACGAUGACUGCAUAGGCCCUUCAAAAUUGUGCGUAGCUUGUCUGGUGGUUCGAUAGAAACUGAGUGGAGGAUGAUCGAUGGAAAGCAUACCAUACACUUUACAGCCUAAACAGCUUCUCUAAGAGCAGUAAUAUUAUUUUUUCACUUUUUUUUUGUUUUGUUUGUCACAAAAGAACGUUUUUUCAGUGUUAAAUAAUUUUUAUUCCUAUGACAUUUUUCUAGAGGAGAAUAAUAUUUCAAUGAGAAAUAAUCCUCAAUAUCGUGUCACUCUACUAACUUAUUCAAACCUCAAUUGUGUAUCUGCGUUUACUCAGUUUUUGAGUUAGGAAGACCCUACAUGUACAUUUUCUUUAUGUUGUUUGCAGGUGGAGCUCUAUGAAAGGCCUUGUGCCAUACCAUAUUUAAAUGUGUGCCUCUGUGAACCCAUCCUCUUUCUGUAAGUUGGUGUGUGAUCUUCUUAUUUAACAUGUCCCCCUCUACUUGUCUUUUUAUGUGCUUUGUUGUUUUUAUUUUAUUUUUAACCCCAAUGAUGAAUAAUGAUUAGCCAGCUGCUGAAAUAGCCUUGCUUUGUGAGUGUCACUACCAGAUAAGACAAUAUAGGGUGGGAUUGUAAUUAAGCCAGCUGUUCAUUCUGCCUAACCAUGAGAGUUUGUUUUGUGCUUGCAAUGGCUUAGCAAACCUUACUGCUAAACUGUUCGCACUAUCAACAGAGAAUACGCAAAUAGACAGUUUCAUAUUAGUCUCUCUGCAUAUGCAUUACUUUAAAUCUAAAAGUGUCUUUCAGUCGCUUAGCAAUGGUUUGGAAAAUUAGAUCAAUGAGUCUUAUGACAGAGACAAGCAGGAUUUUUUAUUUUCCUACUGAUUUUGCUUUAGCUUCCUAUACAGACAUGUUUUUAUUUUAUUUCCUACUGCAGACAGACUAGCAACUGAAAAGCAGCCUUCAGGCCAGUAAUGUACCUUUUAAUCACCUGGCAGAAUAGUAACUGAUUUACUAUACAAGCAUUCAAACAAACCGCACCAUGUCAUAUCAUGCCAGUGUCUUAAAAGGUGUGCUUGUCAAAUUAGCUUCUCAUUAUUAUUUGCCCAGCCAAGUACAUGCAUUAUAUAUUUGUUGUUCAUCAUGCACUGUAAAAUGCUUACAUAUAAUAUAUAUAUAUAUAUAUACACACACAUAAGAUAUGUAAGCAUUUAACAAUGCAUGAUGAACGACAAAGCAUACUAUUUGGGUAUUCCAUUUAAACAUCUGAAAGGAACACUACAGCAUUACAAAUAAAAGAUACAAGUGUUUUAUUUGUAAGGCUGUAAUGUUUAAAACCUAUUUCAUUUAUCAGGGCCCCUCCAUCUGUCCUAAAAAAAUUAUCUCUAAUCCAGUGGCGAGACCGUCCCUUGCCACAGCUUAUCUAUAGGAAGCAUGGUCUUCCACUUUGUGCCAGGGUACAAAGCAGAUAGGAAAAGCACCUUUCCAGCUGUCUGAAGAACAUGUUUGGGUGUGCAACCAAAACAUUUUAUAAAAGUGGCACUUCAUCUGCACCUUUAUAAAUUUGUAAUGAAGGAAUACUCCUUAAGCAAAAGUUCUUUAGCAGUUUGGAGUGUUUCUUUAAAUGCCCAUAUAUGAUACAUUUAUACACGCACCUUUACAGAGGCUGUGUGUAUUUCAUUGUAUUGUGUUCAUUUAUUCAGCAUCAAUGCAUAGUGGGCAUCUUGUCUAUCUGCCUACAUCCAUAUUUUAUUGUUUACGAUCCAUUUUUACACUACACAAAAUGCAUAGAAUUAAGUAUUUGCACUUAAAUUGAUGGAAAUUAAUGGAUUUUGGAAAUAGUUUGCCUAGUUUUUUAUCAUAUUUCAUAUUAUAAAUAUGUCUGGAUUUAAAUUAAU